GCCUGACGGUGACAGAUCUUUCGAGAACCGUGCAGGCUGGUGCUGGGCCGCUGGUCCUGACCCAUUCCACGGACACAGGCGAACCACAGCGCAGGGUCCCGGGUCCGUGUACUCCCUGGGGUAAAGGGAUGUUCCGGGGCAGCUCGCAGGUUGUGAGCGAUGGCUGUGUGGAUCCAAGCCCAGCAGCUGCAGGGGGACGCCCUGCACCAGAUGCAAGCCCUGUACGGCCAGCACUUCCCCAUCGAGGUGCGCCACUACCUGUCCCAGUGGAUCGAGAGCCAGGCCUGGGACUCAAUAGAUCUUGAUAAUCCACAGGAGAACAUUAAGGCCGCCCAGCUCCUGGAGGGCCUGGUGCAGGAGCUGCAGAAGAAGGCGGAGCACCAGGUGGGGGAGGAUGGGUUCCUGCUGAAGAUCAAGCUGGGCCACUACGCCACGCAGCUGCAGAACACCUACGACCGCUGCCCCCUGGAGCUGGUCCGCUGCAUCCGGCACAUCCUGUACAGCGAGCAGAGGCUGGUCCGGGAGGCCGCCAGUGUGAGUGUCCGCGUGGGGGUGGCGGGCCCGUCUCACGUGCUGAAGACGCAGACCAAGUUCGCAGCCACCGUGCGGCUGCUGCGAGCAGCAGGCCAAGGCGCUGCUCAAGAACGAGAACACCCGCAAGUAGGUGCCGCGGCGGGACUGGAAACACCCGCUUCUCGGCUGGCUCCGCAGGUGCUGAAGACGCAGACCAAGUUCGCAGCCACCGUGCGGCUGCUGGUGGGCGGGAAGCUGAAUGUACACAUGAACCCGCCGCAGGUCAAGGCCACCAUCAUCAGCGAGCAGCAGGCCAAGGCGCUGCUCAAGAACGAGAACACCCGCAACGAGAGCAGCGGCGAGAUCCUGAACAACUGCUGCGUGAUGGAGUACCACCAGGCCACGGGCACGCUCAGCGCCCACUUCCGCAACAUGUCUCUGAAACGGAUCAAGAGGUCGGACCGGCGCGGGGCGGAGUCGGUGACAGAGGAGAAGUUCACCAUCCUGUUCGAAUCGCAGUUCAGCAUCGGCGGGAACGAGCUGGUCUUCCAGGUCAAGACCCUGUCCCUGCCCGUGGUGGUGAUCGUGCAUGGCAGCCAGGACCACAACGCCACGGCCACCGUGCUGUGGGACAACGCCUUCGCUGAGCCCGGCCGGGUGCCCUUCGCUGUGCCUGACAAAGUCCUGUGGCCCCAGCUGUGUGAGGCGCUGAAUGUGAAGUUCAAGGCCGAGGUGCAGAGCGCCCGGGGCCUGACCAAGGAGAACCUGGUGUUCCUGGCGCAGAAGCUGUUCAACAGCGGCGGCGGCCACCUGGAGGACUACAGCGGCAUGUCCGUGUCCUGGUCACAGUUCAACAGGGAGAACCUGCCAGGGCGGAACUACACCUUCUGGCAGUGGUUCGACGGGGUGAUGGAGGUGCUGAAGAAACACCUCAAGCCACACUGGAACGACGGUGCCAUCCUGGGCUUCGUGAACAAGCAGCAGGCACACGACCUGCUCAUCAACAAGCCCGACGGCACCUUCCUGCUGCGCUUCAGCGACUCGGAGAUCGGUGGCAUCACCAUCGCCUGGAAGUUCGACUCCCAGGAAAGAAUGUUCUGGAACCUGAUGCCCUUCACCACCAGGGACUUCUCCAUCCGGUCCCUGGCCGACCGCCUGGGGGACCUGAACUACCUGAUCUACGUCUUCCCCGACCGGCCGAAGGACGAGGUGUACUCCAAGUACUACACGCCGGUCCCCUGCGAGCGGGACACGGCUAAAGCCGUGGACGGCUACGUGAAGCCACAGAUCAAGCAGGUGGUCCCCGAGUGAGUGUCCAGCCCCCACC